GCCCAAACACCUGCCUGGAACGCUGCAGCGGCUACCCGGGACUCUGAACUAACCUCCUCCAGGCCGCCUUCCAAGGACGUAGUCAGACCAUUGGUUCCCGAGCAGGGGCCAGCACGGCCGGCAACCUUUCCCUGAACUCCGGCUGCGUAGUCUCCAUCAUCACUCUCAUUUUGCAGAUUUCAUGUGAGCAAAGCUACCCCUUGAAACUAAUGUGCAUCAUCUUCUUUAAGUUUGAUCCUCGACCUGCUUCCAAAAAUGCAUACAGGCUUAUUUUGGCAGCCAACAGGGAUGAAUUCUACCACAGACCAUCCAAGCUAGCUGACUUCUGGGGCAAUGACAAUGAGAUUCUUAGUGGGCUCGACAUGGAAGAAGGCAGGGAAGGAGGCACGUGGCUGGGCAUCAGCACAAGAGGGAAGUUAGGGGCACUCACCAACUAUCUGCAGCCACAGCUGGACCGAGAUACCCGUGGCAGAGGUGAACUUGUAACCAACUUUCUGACCACUGACAUGGACAGCUUGUCCUACCUGAAGAAGGUCUCCCAGGAGGGCCACCUGUACAAUGGCUUUAACCUCAUAGCAGCCGACCUGAGCACAGCAAAAGGAGAUGUCAUUUGUUACUAUGGAAACCGGGGGGAACCUGAGCCCAUCGUCCUGACUCCAGGAACCUAUGGGCUGAGCAACGCACUGCUGGAGACACCCUGGAAGAAGCUAUGUUUUGGCAAGCAGCUAUUCCUGAAGGCUGUAAAGCAGAGCGAAGCGCUCCCCAAGGAUGCCCUUGUCGCCCAGCUCCUGGAUGUGCUGAACAAUGAGGAGGCACAGCUGCCAGACCCAGCCAUUGAGGACCAGGGUCAGGAGUAUAUACAGUCUAUACUGAGCAAGUAUGCAGCUGUGUGUGUGCGCGGCCUGGACUAUGGCACUAGAACCAACACCAUUAUCCUUGUGGAUGCAAAUGGCCAGGUGACCUUCACAGAACGCAGCAUGCUGGACAAGGAUCCCUCCCGCUGGGAGACCAACACCCAUGAGUUCAUGCUUCAGAGCUAACGGCUCCUGGGAGGCCCUGCAUCAAGGCCAGUGUGGACUAGAAUUUUCAUGGCCAUACUACCCUGCCCAUAACUCAGCCAGUGUCUUCCAAGCCCAGCAUCUCUGAUCUAUGUGUUACCUAUCCAUGUCCUUGUACCCAGCUCAGGGUCUGUCUUUGUGUCAAUGAGGAAUGACAGAAUCUAAUGCUAGACCUGCACAGUUCCAGAUAUGCCAUACAUUGACAGUGUACCUGGGUCUACUCUGCCUAUGUGCAUAAAUACACACAUACAGAUACAGGGUAUGUGUUAACACACUUACAUGCAUAAAUAUGCACGUGUAUACAUGGAUAGGUACACAGGCACACAUAUGCAUAUACACAUAGCAGGCAGAAGAACACUUUUCACCACAUAUGUACUUCUGGCUAGUGGGUCUUUGCUCUGGUCAAGUGGCAGGGAUAAACAUUUGUUUAAACAGGAUUUUUCUUUGGUGGGAGUACACAGUACAAUUGUAGUUCAGUUCUCAGUAACCAGACCUCCUCCUGCAGAGGAGACAGGCCACAUCAAAGAAGACACAAGAAAAAUCCACUUUUACAACUGAAGCAUAUCCUUGGUAGAGAUCCAGUGGUCUUGCAUAUGCCAGGGAGUCCUAAGUACACGGGGCAGUUUCCAUGUACAUUGGAUGAUUUUAGGGUGGUGUAGGUGUCCCAUGUAUUCUAGAAGGUUUUCUGUACACAGGGGUCCCAUGCACACUGGUUGUUCUGACUGGGGAGGGCAGUUGAGUGUGUGCCCAGGACUUCUGGGCCCUUCCUCACUCAGGUGAGCAUUGAGGGCUUUGUGCAAGCCUGUCUCAGCAAGGAGACUUAGCUAACCCUUGCUGUAUCCUUCUUUCUUGGACAGUCCAGCUUCAUAGGAAUCUGAAUUUAAUGUGAGCUAUGGAUAAUAAAGCUUUGAGUCUGUGA